AUCACUAAGAUAACAAUGAAGGAACGUUCUCGAAAACAAAAGUUUUUGAAAAAUUUUGGUCUUUUAGCCGUUAAGAAUCCUAAGCCUGUAGACGAGGAAAGUGAUUUCAAUAUAUGCGAAAGACUAUGUUUUUAUUACUUUGAUGAUGAUGCACAAGUGGUAUGUCGAGGCUGCUAUAAAAGUUUUAAAACAUGGUUACAUUAUCGAAUGCAUUUUAAUACAUUAACAUGCCAUACAACUGAAGCAAAUUACAAGCUAAACACUUUUAAUGAUGUUUAUAAGAAAUACAAACUAAAGAAAGCUAAGACUAAGAAAAAAAUUAAUGAUCGUUUAAGUGCUGCACAACUUAUGGAUUUGGAAACUUUGAACACUCGCAAAACAAGAAAAAGAUGUUACAAAAACACUAGGACAGUUGUGACGGUUUCAAAAUCUUCAUCAGACUCUGGUUUAUUCAGUUCAGAAAAAUUAAUUGUUAAGGCAAUAAAGAAAGAAACUGUUGAGAAUGUUCUUAGUAGUGACGAAAGUGUAGGAGAGUUGAAAACAAAAUCUAAACCAAAACCAAAACCAAUUGGUUACAAUACUGUUCAAGUACAAGACAUUCCAAGUAAUACAAAAACUGUAAUUCCAAAUUCACCUCAAGACAAUCAGGCAACAUUAACCAUAAAAACAGAAUGGAAAACUAGUGAUUCAUCACACAUUUCUUCAGACGAUCAAUCAUCGAGCUCUGCUCAUUCUUUACCAAAAUAUAGUCCCCAAAAUAAUGAGGCUUUAAAAUACCAGUAUGUUUGUGUUAUUUGUGAUGCACAAUUUUCGAGUAAAUGUUCACUUACUAUGCACCAAGUACAGCAUAUCAAAUCAGACCGCAGUAGUUAUAACGUUUUUAUGGCUGCAUUAACUCAAUCUACUAAAGUUUAGCCCAUCAAAUGUCAUUUGAAUUAUGACCUAAAGGUAACUAUCCCUAUAAUGAAGUAUCAAGUCCUAUUUUUUUGUUUUGUUUAUGUUACAAUGGUUUAAAUAAAUUGUUUAUUUGAUGCUUAUGGUAAUAAGCAGAUAUUUUAAGAAAAUAACAGUUUUAUGUAUGCGUCAUUAAAGUUUUUAUCAUAGAAGCAUUACCAUUAAAUUUCACAGCAUAAUGUGACCAAUAACGUCUUUCAAAUGUAUUCUAUUUACUUUUAUUUGAUUCCUAUA